CACACAUUGAACAGUAUAUUACCGGAGCAAAUAUUCUACCGUAGAGAAGAGGAAAAAUCCGGCGAAUUUAUUAUAGCGACACGGGGGGACGGAAGGCGACGUAGCCUAUACCAUAUAGUCAGUCCACUGAUGCAAACAGAGAAUUUGAGGUUAAAAUAUAUUAACCAUUGCCAUAAUUUAAUUAUAUUAAGUCACACUCAUAUUUCUGGCAGUACAGCGCGCUUUUGAGUGUGUUGUGUAAUGCGCGAUAGGCCGUGUUAUUCGCAAACACCUAAAUGCAGUAGAUAUCUCAUCAGCCGUUUGUUAAAAAAAAUUUUUUGUGUUAUUUUAUUGUAUCGGAUUUUAUAGUUAUCCGUGCAACGCCGACAAGAACAAUAUUUUUCAGGAAUGGCAGAGGCGGACUUACAAACGUUUACAUCGAUAAUGGACGCACUGGUUCGCAUUAGUUCCAAUAUCAAGAGCAUGGAGCGUGAGCUUCAGUGCCCGGUGUGUAAGGAGAUGGUGAAACAGCCCAUCCUCCUGCCGUGCCAGCACAGCGUCUGCCUGCUGUGUGCGUCUGAGGUCCUGGUGCAGAAUGGCUAUCCUGCCCCAGACCUGCCCCCGGAGCCCAAGUCUCCCGCCUCCACCCCGAACACACGCUCUCCACGCCAGGCCCGCAGACCCGCACCCAAGGUCGACCGCAUUGACCGCGUGCUGCGUCCUGGGUAUGGGACGUACCCUGGCCGGCGGCGCAAGGAUGGCCCCCCUCCUCCCAUGCUGUUCCCCUGCCCUCCAUGUGGGAAGGACGUGGAGCUGGGGGAGAGGGGGCUGGCCGAAUGCCUUCGCAACCUUACCCUGGAGCGCAUCGUGGAGAGGUACAGGCACACGGUGAGCCUGGGCACGGUGGCGAUCAUGUGCCAGUUCUGCAAGCCGCCCCAGUCCCUGGAGGCCACCAAGGGCUGCGCCGACUGCAGGUCCAACUUCUGCAACGAGUGCUUCAAGCUGUACCACCCGUGGGGCACGCCCCGCGCCCAGCACGAGCAUGUGCUGCCCACCCUCAACUUCAGACCCAAGGUUCUGACGUGCCCAGAGCAUGAGCAGGAGCGGCUGCACUUCUUCUGCAAGUCCUGCCAGAGGCUGCUGUGCCCGCUGUGCAAGCUGCGGCGAAUCCACGCGGGCCACAAGGUCACCCCCGUCGCCAACGUCUGCCAGGCACUCAAGGAAAAAAUCACCAAGGUGAUCAACUACAUCCUAGCCAAUCAGGAGACAGUGCAGGCUCAGAUCACCCAGCUGGAGAAUGCCAUAAUGCAGACAGAGAUGAACGGCGCCGGCGCUCUGGAGCAGCUGACGCAGUGCGUGCGGGAGCUGGGGGCGGCGCUGGCCGAGCGGCAGGGGGCCCUGGCCCAGGCGGUGGAGGGGGCCCGGCUCCGGCGCUCCGAGGCCCUCUCGGCCCAGGUGACGGAGAAGCAGAGCAUGCUGGAGAACGCCGGCCUGCUGGCCUUCUCCCAGGAGCUCCUGAAGGAGACGGACCCGCCCUGCUUCGUGCAGGCGGCGCGCCUCACUCACAACAGGCUCUUGAAGACAAUUGAGAACCUGCAGUGCUUCUCUCUGUCAGCUGAUCCCUCUUUUCGACACUUUCAAGUGGAUAUCUCCCGAGAACUGAAGAUGCUCAACAGCUUAGAAUUCAUUAAAGCCCCCCUGGCGCCCGUGAUUGACACCCAGCGCACCCUGGCGUACGACCAGCUCUUUCUGUGCUGGCGCCUGCCCCAGGACUCCGCCCCCGCCUGGCACUUCUCCGUGGAGUUUCGGCGGCGCGAGGGAGGGCCGGGGGGCGUCUGGGGCGGGGUCAGGGACCCCGGGAGAGGGGCCGGGGGCGGCGGGGGCCACUGGGGGUGGCAGCGCCUGGAGGAGGUGAGCGGCACCAGCACUGUGAUUGACAGGCUGGAGAUGGACAGUGUGUACGUGCUGAGGGUGAGGGGCUGCAACAAGGCCGGCUUUGGGGAGUACAGUGAGGAGGUGUACCUUCACACCCCACCUGCACCAGAAUGUAACAGGUACUACUUGCUUUCCUCUCUUACCCUUUUUAUCUCUACCUAUUUCCUGGAAUGUGUACUAGGUACCUGUUGUUUUCCUCUCUCCCCCUUUUUCCCUCUUUCGAUCCCUUGUUCUCCUUUUUCCUCUCUGCGCCUCUCAUGUGCUUUCCUGUCCUUAUGUUCGUUACUGCCCCUCCUGCCAAUGUGCUGUCUUCCUGAGCCGCCUGGACAAUUCCCCACUGCCUGUGUCUCCUCUCUUCCUUACCUCAAUCCUCCCCUACCAAUGCCAAUCCCUUAUCUUCCCCCUUCCCCUACUCUGUCUUCUUGCUUCCUUUCGUCUGUGCCAUCUUGUUUGCUCCUUCCAUUAUGUUUCCUCUGUCCCUUACCCUCACUCUACUCCCCAUCCCCUUGCCUGUUCCCUUCCCUGCCCCCAUUCCUGUUCCUCCUAUCCCCUUCCCUGACCUCAUUCCUGUUCCUCCUAUCCCCUUCCCUGUCCUCAUUCCUGUUCCUCCUAUCCCCUUCCCUGACCUCAUUCCUGUUCCUCCUAUCCCCUUCCCUGUCCUCAUUCCUGUUCCUCCUAUCCCCUUCCCUGCCCCCAUUCCUGUUCCUCCUAUCCCCUUCCCUGCCCCCAUUCCUGUUCCUCCUAUCCCCUUCCCUGUCCCUCCCAGUGCUGAAUUUCUACCUGGACUCACGCUGGGGCCUCCACUCUGACCGGCUGGUGGUCAGUAAGGAGCAGCGCUGUGCCCGCAGCGUCCCGGGCCUCUCCCUCCUGCAGGCCGCCGACCGCGCCCUCACUUCCUGCCACCUGACCUCUGACCUGUUGGUGGGCGACAUUGCCAUAACCCAGGGGAAGCACUACUGGGCAUGCUCUGUGGAGCCCGGCUCAUACCUGGUCAAGGUGGGGGUGGGUCUGGAAUCCAGACUGCAGGAGUGGUUUCAUCUGCCCCAGGACAUGGCCAGCCCCCGCUAUGACCCAGAUAGCGGUCAUGAUAGCGGGGCCGAGGAUGCCCUGGACUCUCCGCCUCCCUUCUCCUUCCUUACAAUGGGCAUGGGCAAGGUUCUUCUGCCCCAGGGGGCAAAUUCACAUAACAACUGCCCCAGCAAUGCCACCAGCCCCAGGGAGCCGUCCUCCAACCACAGCAACAGCAGCAGUCAUCCCACACAUCUGACGGCCCUGACUGCCCCAUUGCCCCCUCAGCUUGGGGUGUGCCUGGACUUUGAGAAGGGGCGUGUCACGUUCUAUGAUGCCCAUUCACUGCGGCCCUUGUGGGAGGGACCAGUUGAUUGCUCUGCGCCUGUCUGUCCUGCCUUCUGUUUUAUUGGCGGUGGGGCACUUCAGCUUCAAGAGCUGGUGGCCAAUCGCAGUGCAGAGCAGGCCCCAGUCAGGAGGGUUACCAUCCAAUCACGUGCCACCAAUCUGAGUAACUAAUUCAGUGCAUUAACCAUCAUGUUCUGGUCGUUUUUAAUUUCCAUUGCCAGAAGGAAAUUAAAUUAAUAUCCCCACUCAGUGGGUAUGUUUCUUUACGUAUGUUUAUCAUAAAUACAUGUUUUUAUUGUAUGAAAUAUUAAUAUAUUCUUUUGUUUUAUGUUUUGUUUUAUAUUUUCCAUUUUGCAUAAAGGAGUGAGUUUUGGAAUUUUUUUAUUUAUAUAAGCUUUAAAUUAUUGUUUAUUUCAUAUUAUAUUUCACACUGUUAUUAUGUAACAUUUAUAACAUUUUCCUAGGAAUUAGACUUGUUGACUCUGCAUCUUUUUAUGUCUACGUGUGAUUCUUCCAGGCUAAUUAAAUUAAUACAAAUUCAUACUGUUGUAACAAUGGCAUUGGCAUUUAUUUAUCUAUGGUACUUGAAACUCUUAAACUAGUAUUUCACCAUUUCACUCUAAUGUAACUUAGUCAUAUAAAACCAAAAAGUUGACAUUCAUUUCAUCGUGUUCAUGUUACUAACACGUGAAUACACUUACUUAUUGAUUACUCAUGGUGUUCAUAUUGGAGACAAAAUGAUACUGCACUUGAGCAACCAGAAUUUGUGAUGUGCUUGUGACAAAUCUUUGUUAGUCUCUGUUCCAUAUUCAUGUCCAGUUUCCAGCUACGAUCACUAGAUAAUUUCAUGAAGUUUAAAUACUUUUCUAUAUUGUAAACUUUUGCGAUUAUUAGCGUUUUAUGCAUUUAUCAUAGAAUGGGAGAUCGCAAGAUACCAGAACUGCUUCAGUAGAAAAUAAUUUACUAAACUUUAUUUAAAGGGACAGAACUGAGACUCUGCAACUUAGCUGCUAUUCAGCUUUCACUGUACUGUGUGUGUGUGUGUGUGUGUGUGUGUGUGUUUGAGAAGACAGAGAAAGAGAGAGGCAAGACACGCAGUUCCACAAUUAUUUAUUACAACGAAUGAAACAAGCCAAUGUGAAAAAAUCAAGAUCAAAUUUCCAUGGUGUUAUUUCAAAGUUUGGGCAUUUACUUGUGUUUUUUUUUUCUUUGGGGGAACUUUAAAGAGCUGGAAUUUAGAGCUGAGCAUAAUUGAUGUUUGCAAUUCAGGUUUGUGUUGUCUUUGUGUGUUUUUUACGUGAGAGAAACUGCUGUUAAAACUUCUACUAUACAAUUAGUUGCACUAAAGCACUCAUUUUAUCCCUAAUCACUGAUUCUGAUGUUUUAAUCAAGCGAUUGUUUUUUUUAAUGUAUUACUAUGUGACGAGCAGCACAGCACCUGAAUGACUCCAGACUGUAGCAUUUUGGAAUCUUAAUUUAGACUUUGCCAUGCUGGCAGAAUGUUUGUUGAACUAACAAAAUGUAAAAAAAAAUAAGAUAAAAUAAAAGGAUCACAAAUA